CCCCCCCCCCGGCGGCGGAAGCGGAGCCAUCGGGGGAGAAGGCAGGCGGGCAGGCAGGGAGCCGAGCAGGCGGCGGUGCCCGGGUGCCCGAUGGCCGGCGCGCCCCCCCGCCAGCCUGGCACUUGCAACGGGGCCCCUCCGGCCGCCCCCCCGGAGGAAGGCGAGCCGCCCCUGCACGUGAGGAUGUGCAAGAAGAUCGCGCAGCUCACCAAGGUGAUAUAUGCUCUGAAUAUGAAGAAUGAUGAGCACGAGGCCAGUAUCCAGGCUCUCAAGGAGGCCCAUCAAGAAGAGAUUCAGCACAUCCUCGCUGAGAUGCGGGAAGCUGUCCUCCACUAUAAGAGGAAAGUGGAGGAGGAGCAGGGCCUCCGGCAGUGGAUCCGGACCCUCGAAGAAGCUUUGGAGCAACACAGGCAGUUGAAAGAAGAGACCUCGACAGAGUUCACCCCUUUCAGGAAGUGGGAAGAUAUGAUGGAGCCACAAACUGAGCGUGGAGUUUGUGCCAAGGAGGGGAUUUUGCUCCCCCCGAAGAUGCCACACGUGAAAUUGGACCCUGAAAAGGGAGCCCGGACUUCCAACCAGGAGUCAGGCAGUUUCUUGAACGAACAGGAGAGAUCUGAAGGAGAGAUGCGGACUAUCAAGGGGAACUUUGAUGACAAGAGCAGCGUGGAAAUGCAGACACUGAUGAGGGAGUUGGAAACCCUCAAGCGGGAGAACCGGAAAUUAGCUGAAGAAUAUGCCAAGAAAGCAAGCCAGCUGCAAGCUUCUCACGAGAUAGACAAAGAAACCCAGAGGAAGGCCACACAACAGUCCGGGGCCGAUUCGUGCCAAGGGUGGCCGCAAAGGGACGACUGUGAAGCUGCGUCACAGCAACAGAGGAGGAAGAUGGAGGCUGACUUGGAGACAAAAGGCCAGCGCAUCUUUGAGCUGACGAAACAUUCCCAGAAGCUGAAGGCGGCAAUGCAGGACCUGGAACUGCAGCUCAAGGAAGCUCGACAAGCAAAUGCAGAGUCAAAGAGGACCAUGAAGACACUUGAGGAGGAGUUGAGUUUUGUCAAAGAAAGACUCCUGAUACAAGAAAAUGGACUUCUGCAGAAAACAGAGGCAAUGGAGACAGCACUGAAUUCCCAAAGCAAAACCAGGGAUGAAGCAGGAGACUCGAGGAAGCAGAUUUUGCAUCUUCGGCAACCGCUGCCCUCCAAGCAGAGCCCUUGGGGCAAAGACUUGAACCCCAGAGGAAGCGCAAGUCGGGAAACGGAAGCUCUUACGGCGCAGCACAGGGAAGAGCUCUGCAAAACCAAGCAAGCAUCGGACGAGGAGAAAAUACUUUUGAAAGAGCAGCUGGCGAAAGGCCUGGAAGACCUGGCGAAGAAGCAUGCUCUUGAACUCAAAGCUGCCCAAGCCGCCAUGGACGCCCACAGGAAAGAACCGCAAAAGGAGGUUCAGGAGCAGCUGGAGGAAUUAAAAAAGAAACACGAGAAUGAAAUGAGGCAGCUACGGAGAGAGAAGGAUGCUCUGCACGGAAAACUUCAGGACUGUUCUCGGGAGGUUUUAAGGCUGGAGGAUUUCAUCAAACAAAACCGGGACAUUGACAGAUAUGCAGAAUUUUUGAAGUAUCUCGCCAGAAAACCUUGCGAGCAGCAACAGGAGUCGCAAGACGCAUCUGUGCAGCCGAAAAACGUUUCCAAACAGUCUAAAGGCAGAACAAAAGGCAGAGACCACUUAGCAGCGCCGUCGAGUACCGGAAGUGAAGAGAAAAGAAGGUCAGACUCCGGCGGUCCAUCGAAAAGGGAAGGCGAGCGGUCUCUUGCAAGUUUCCAGAAGGAGAAAGCUAAAGAAAUUCAGGCGUCGCGAGAGGAAUGGUCUUACCAAAAAGCAGAUUUGCAAGCUCAGGUUGCACAGUUGAAGCAGGCUCUAGAACAGCAAGCGAAGACUUUCCAAGAAGCCCUCCAAGAGCAGAACCUACAGUCUGGCCAAGAGAAAGAAACGCUCUUGCAAAAUCUUCAGGACACGGUCAAGCAAAGUCAAGGAAUGAAAGCGCAGCUGGAAGCGUCUCACCAGACAGCCAUAAAUCUCCUGGAGAAAAGCAAAAACCAGGAGCUCAAGAAAUGCUCCUCAUUAACAGUGGUGCAGGCAUUUGCAGCGCACACCUGCCGCUGCAGGGGUCAGCUUUUGGGUUUGCCGGCCGUCGAGAUGGCAAGUGGGAGCCAGGUGGUACACUUCAGGGGGCUGGAAUUAUCCCCAGAAUCAGCAGGCGCAGAGGUGUAG